UCAUUUCCUAAUGCUGUCAGCCAAAAAAUGUCAUGAAGCUUAGCAAUCAGUACUUUGAAAAUGUUGCAAUGAAGAUCAAUGUUAAGGUUGGUGGAAGAAACUCAGUCUUGGCUGCAGCUCUUGCUAAUAGACUUCCCUACAUCACAGAACGCCCAACAAUAAUUUUUGGAGCUGAUGUAACUCAUCCUUCACCUGGAGAGGAUUCAAGCCCUUCCAUUGCUGCGGUGGUUGCUUCAAUGGAUUGGCCUCAAGUGACAAAGUAUAAAGCCCUAGUAUCCGCACAGCCCCACAGACAAGAGAUCAUUGAGGAUCUGUACUCAACCACGACUGAUGCAAGAAGGGGAGUUAUUCAUACUGGCUUAAUCAGAGAACUUUUAAGAGGUGUGAUAAGGGGGUCUGGUAGAGGGGUGGUGAAAUCAGAUACUACAUAUGUGGGGUCAGGGUCAGGUUCAAAUAAUGUUGCAUCAACAACUACAAUUAUGGAAGUGAAUAAUUCAUGUGCAGUGCCAUUUAGGACAGAUGCAUCUGCUUUGGGGUCUUACACACCACCAGCAGCUACAGUGAGUGGUAGAAGACGGUUUUCAGAGGCGCCUGUACAUGGACAUGGACAUGUACAGUCAGCAAUGUCUGGUAAAGAACAAUAGCAGCAGGCUCAUAGUGGUUAUAGGGAUCGAGCUGUUGAAAGGAGGAGUUUAUAUGGUUCGUCAUCUUUUGCGGAUGAUGUUGGCGUUGGGGAUCCAAGUAAGCGUUUGUGAAUAUAAAUAAU